AAAUAAAUUAUAAAAUGAAUAUUUGCAAUGUUUUGAUUUUGUCCGCCAUUGUCAUAAUUACCUGCAUGCAGGUAAUUGAAGAUGGUCGAAAACAAAUGGUAAACAUUCCAAUACGUCAAAACAUCUGAUUAGAUUUAAGAGUUUAGUAUUAUUUGUAAUUAAUAAUUCUUAAAAAAGUUGAUUUUAAGGUCAUUCUUAUGGCUUUUAAUAAAUGUUUACGUUUGAUUUAUAAUUUUAAGAAAGUUGAAUAUAAAUAUAAUUCAAUGGCAUAAUACAUAACCUCAAUGGUGAGAUUUUUGAUUGAGUGCGUAAUUAAAUGUCAUUAAGAAACGUCAUUAUUAUACAUUAGUCUUCCACGUUAAUAUGUUCUAAUGACUGAAAUACAAUCAGCUUAUAAACAUUUUAUUCCAACAAGUAAAAUGUAUAGUACGUGGCAUCAACAAGUGCUUGCACUAGAUGCAAAAUAUAAUACACAACGUGCAAGUAAAUUACCAACAUUAGGUAUGCUUUAUAUUCGUAGAAGAAAUCAAUUAUUAAGAGAAAAACCAUUUAAAGAACAUGAUAUUCGUACACAAUAUUUAAAAUUACGUUUAGAUUUAUUAAAUAAACGAUACGGAGAUAAUAUUGAACAAACUAAUAUUACAAAUAAUACUUUACAAAAGGAAACGUCAGAUAAUUUACCAAAAUCUAAUUUUGUUCCAAAAAAAUCAACCGCAGAAAAUUUUGCUUUUACUGGUGUUCAUCAUGUUUUUGAUCAACAUACUGCAGCUGUGAUAAUGCUUAAAUUUGCGAAUAACGAUAGGUCCAGAUUAGGUUGUGCAUCUUUAGAUGGAACUUUAUCUAUAUGUGAAGUUAUUAAUACACCACCCCAAGUACUAGUUGUACUUGAAGGUCAUCAGAAAGGAGUUACUGCAUUCGAUUGGAGUAUUAGUAAUGAUUUGAUAGUAUCAUCAUCAUUAGAUGCUACUAUUCGUCUUUGGAAAGUACAAGUAGAACCUAAGUGUUUACGAGUGGUUAAAGAUCCACAAAAUGCAGAAAUCUUUUGUUGUGCGUUUAUACCUGCUAAUAAUAAUUUAGUAGUAACGGGUAAUUCACACGGGCUCAUUCAAAUUUUAAAUGUAUCAACAGGAAUCUAUACACGUGGUGGUUCAUGUAAACUUGGGGAAAAGGUUUUAUCAUUAACGUGUGAAGAAAGUGGUGGUUCAUUGAUAUGGGCUGGAAGCGAUAGAGGUACCAUUACUUCAUUACAAUUCGAGCCUAGGAGAGGAAGACUUUAUAAAUUGCAAAGAGUACAGAAAUUAAAUGGUAUGGUAACAGGACUCUCUUGGCGUUCUUGGCAUUCAAAAGAAAUGCCAUAUCCAGUAUUUUUGGCAAGUACUGCAUGCAAUGCAGUAUUAUUGUAUCGUGUAGAAGAUAAUCAGGGUUCUUUGACAUUGUUAAAAAAAUAUCCUAUUAAACACAGACUUCAUUGUAUAAAGUCUACGUUUUGUCCUCAAAUGGGAGCUUGUUUAAUAGCAACUGGUUCAGAAGAUUGUGCAAUUCAUCUUUUUGAUUCUUCAAAGGAUGGUAAAGCUGCAAGAGUAAAUCUACUCCAUGGUCAUACAAGACCUGUACUAACACUUUCAUUUAAUUAUGACGAAUCUUUUCUCGCAUCUGCGGAUCAUCAAGGACUUAUUAUUUUAUGGCGUAAUCAUCAACGACAUUUGUAGUCAUUAUUCAAUUAAUAUUUUGGUUUUUGUAUUUAAUUAUUAAUAUAUUAUAAUAUAUAAAAACUGAUAGGUGAAUGAGCAAUUUUAUUGCUUGCUAAAUAAGUAUUAAUAGUUAUAUGUAUAUAUAUAUAUAUAUAUAUAUAUAUAUAUAUAUAUCGUAAAAAUAUUUAUGUACAUUGUUAAAAUGUACAACUAAACUGAAAAAUAGUGAAAAACUUAGAGUAUAGUAGAUAAUUUAUUUUUAAACAUUGUAAUUAUAUAUAUAUACAAAAGAAAAUAAGCAAAGGACGACAAGAUCCCUCAAAAAAUGUUUUUCACCUAAAAUAGUUUACUAUUCAUUUACACUUUAUGCAAUACUUUUUCAGAGAUUCGUUACAAAAUUGACCGAAAUACAACUAUAUAUUUCGUUCUCAUCACAGAUCUAUUAACAAUACAUAGAGAUUAACACUAUCACGUUGCCUCGUAUAAACUGAUUUGUCAAAUAACAUUUUGCGGUUGCUAAAAAUAAGCAUUAAGUCAUGGUAGAAUUCUUUUUUGCAAUGCUGUGAUGCUUAAAACAAAUGCUUUUACCUAUAAUUAAUAAUAUCAA